AUGGCAGCGCCGCAAUCUUCGUCAUCAUCAGUGAAGUCCCAAUAUCACCAUUUCAUUCCACAAUUCAUCCUGCGAAAUUAUGCACAUGUUCGCUCCCCCAAGAGGAGAGGUCGCGGAAAGUGGCAUUCCAGUGGGGAAGCGCUCCACGUAAUAGAUCUUUCCAGUGACAACCCAGAGCUGGUCGAGUCUCCAGUUCGCCGAACUUUUGGAUUGACAGACAUGUAUCGGGAUUUUGCGCGUGUGUCCGACCAGCAAUACCUUGAAAAGGAACUUAGCAAGCUAGAAGGCAAUGCCGCUAGGAUAAUUGUCGGGAUACGCAAGGCCUUUGAGUCUGGGCAUCAGGACGUGUGGAUAAAGCGCCAUGAAAGAGACAGCUUACGGAAGUUUCUGUUCAUCAUGAAAUAUCGGGGGAAGGGCUUUCACAAGCGUUUUGUCGGAGACGGUAUGAAAGGCUAUGUCGAAGAUGACAAGGAGCUGUUCCUCAAGUAUAUGCGCGAGAAAGGGUUCAAAAAGCCGGUUGACGUGUGGUAUCACAGUAUAAAGACGAUUCUGGAGUUGAAGAUGGACCUUCAGGGGAACUGGGUGAAGAAACUGCUCGACGGCAUCUACCGAGACGAUGCUAUGUGGUUCAUUAUGCACACGGAAUUUAUGUAUCUCUCUCUCUGCACACCUUCCGAAGCGGAUACAGAAUUUCUUCUGACCGAAAACUGCUACAAUGUCUUUGAAGGGCCGCAGACCAUCUUGAGAGACCCCAAAACUGGACAAAGCAGAUUCGUGUCGUGGACGAAUUUCCAUGAAUUCAGUCCAAUAUCUCCAAAGCUUCUGAUGGUCCUCCGAAGCUUUAUCCUACCAAACCCCGAAGAAGACAAGAAUGAGGGAAUCAGAAAAUGGAGGGAGAACAUUUACAAAAUGGCUCUAGGGCCACAUGCCAACCCAAGGGCUGCAAACUCCAUCCUCGCAGAUCUUCCCAUCCAUAAGCCACGGAACUCGUACUCGUCCGUAAGUUCCCAGGGAAUAGAGUUGCUGGAAGGCGAGGAUGGUUCCCGGCGUUCGAACCACCGAUUUUGCUUUCCGUUCUUCAAAAUAUCUACAGAGCAAACCAACAAGAUCAAUACGAUCUUUUUGGACAACGCAUAUCGUUACCAAACCGUGGCGUUCACCUCACGCCCUGCUCUCAAAGCAACACUUGAAUAUUAUCUUACAUUACCACCGAGUCAAGGGUUCAAAAAGGUUGGCGGUGAAACAAAUGAUGUUCAGUUAUCGUAUUUAUUGAAACUCGAGAAGAUCUUGAGGAAGUUGGGAUCCAAUAAGAAGCUGGUUUACCAGCUUCGUAGUGCGGAGCUGACUGACGACGUGAUCUUUGAGUUUAUGGGUGAUAUGCUUACCAAAAACCUGCCGGAACAACCGACUGAAUUCAUGCAAUUGUACAUGAAGCUAGGCGGCAAUGCGGAAACAUUAGCUAAGGACCUGGACCAGACUCGUAGAAUGAUUAACUUGAGAAUCCAGAUUGAUGUCUGUACUCAGGGGCUCAGAGAAAUCAAGCGGCAAGAUAUUCGUGAAAAAUUAAGAGAUCAUUUCUGUCAACUCGUUCCACCACGACGCCUGUGGCUCUAUCUGAAGCAAAUCCGGCUAAUGAGCUUGAAGGGCCCUGCUAGCUUACAGACCGAACUAGAUCAGGAGUAUGGGGACGGACCGGAGGAUAUCAUUGUCAAAGCAAGUCAUAUUAUUCGCACAGAAGAUCUAGGCCGACUGAUGCAUUUCUCCGUGGUGCAACAUGUACAUCUCCUGAAAUAUCCAGAUCUUGAUAUGUCCGCCAACAUUACCAUGGAUGAAGCGAGUGCAAAGAAGCUCUGGGAAAUAACCUCUUUUGCCUUUGGAUCAGCUGGAAGUAUUUGCGACUGCGGUAAGAUAGAGCCAGCCAGUAGUACCUGACUUCUCACUAACUGAACCCCCAGGCAUUGAUAAACUCCAAGAGAGGGCCAGACUAACCACAGUCAUGUUUCGACUGGCUCAGACCUAUAAGGAGUGGACGAGCCCGUUUUGGACAGACGAUCAGAAAAUAGAAAUGCUUACAAGGUACGCUGCAUAUGAUGAUGUAGAAGAACUGUUGGGUUAUCAACUACCAAGUGAGGCAUUGCAGGAGCUGAAAGAUGUCUUAUUCAACAUUGUCUAUCCAACUUGGGGAAAGGGACUGAAGAGGGAUGGUUCGGCUUCGCAACUUCAGAAAUAAUCAUAAAGGACUGUGACGGGUCUAGUCCAAAUCUCCAGGUCCAAUAUAUGGUGUUUUCCUUGAGCUUUUCCAGGCAUCACACCAUAUAUACUAUUCGAGUUCUCAUGUUUUUAUUCGUCCAAGAGAAGUACUGAACUUUCCGCAGU